GCCGUGCCGGCACCCGGAGCCGUGCCGAUGAGUUAAAUACCUCCCGGCUGACUUAAUCCCCGCUCCUCCGUGCGGGGGUUUGGCAGAACGAGGGCUUGUGCUGCGCUAUGGAAACAGCAGGUGACAGAUGAGCUGCUCUCGGCCCUGUUGGAGCUCCGUGUAUGUUUCAUUGCGGGCAGACUUCUAACGAGGUUAUGAAACACCACAGCUAAGGCCCACCUGUCUGCUGAGGUAACUGGGGCACCGUGGGCACAGCCCGGGCUGUCUGAAGGCCCCCCCACCUCAACUGCAUGAUGACCUUCGUGUCCUCGCACUGCUGGCCCUGGCAGAAAGAAGAAAUGAGCUUUUUCGCCCUCACUUCCAUUUCUCCAAGGAAGCUCUGUGGGACUUGUGGAUCUGUGAUAACUUCCUUCCAGGUCUUGCAUUUUAAGCUGUACUCUGAGGAGUUUGAGUAGCAAGCUGCCAACAGAGCAUUUUACUACAGGCUGCUUCACUUUAGCAGUAGGACAGAGAUUAAUUGGACAGCUGUCUAGCGGUUUCCUUCUGGUAGAAAUGAGUUUUUACACUUUAUCAGUGUGAGAUGUGCUGGUGUACUUACAAGUAAUGGAAGCUUAAAUCCCUGAAAGUCAGCAGCAUGUCCUUGUAAGCCCUGUAAAGAAUGGCUGUGCUUUGAAGGUAUUUGGCUGCUGCAAGGCAACGAGGAUUUAUUCUCUGUAUGACCACAGGCUGCUGGGAUGACAUUUCUUAAUGCCUCCUUUUGUUCUACCAAACAAUCAUAAGGUUUUCCUGCAGUGUAGAGCAUGGGAUGGAUUCACCAGGGCAGAGCAGAUGCUGAAGUAAGCACUGUAGAAGAACUGAUUAAUGUAUGUAUGUAUUUCAAGUGCUUUUGUUCUUGAUGAACAAAUCGAAACUGGGAGCAUACUUAAUGUUGCCAUUCUUGUAAACUGCUGCUUUGAGUGCUACAAGACCAAUGCACAAGUAUUUUUUAUAUAUGUGUUUAUAAUGUGGGAAUUUGGUUUGUGCUUAAUUGGUGUAAAAAAAAAAAAAAAUCUCAAGCAGUUGUAAUGCUUUUUGAAUUAAUGUUAUGCAGUAAUAAUAAAACAAGCUAAUGUGUGUGGGGGGAAAAUUAAAAAUGAGCCUGAUAUUGAGUACACAACCAUCUAUGCUCAAAUUGGGCAGCUGCAGUCUAGCUCAGUAGUUCUGAUUCUGUUUUCUGGGGUGGGCACAGAGCCUCUGGAUUCUAAUGGACUGAGAAUAGGCCCCUACUUUUUAAUUGUGCUCUACAGAAGUCUCAAAAACUGUGGAGCCCCAGCUUUGAAACAAACCAACAAAACCCACACCUGUGCUCUACCUGCAGUUUUGGGUUCAGACCCCCUUAUAGGCCAUUCUUAUGUGGUGGGAAUCUCCUCUAGACUUGUGAGAAUCACAGCAAGUACAGUACUGACUAAACAGCAACUGUUAGCAAGCAUAGCUGGGGGCAAGGGAGAGAAGUUCUUGGAAUGCUGCAUGUCCUGGGGUGGUUUGACUGAAAGAACUGCCUCUUCAAUCAAAUUCUGUUUCACCAAACUACAGAGUCAUGUUAUUAUUAUUAUAAUUUUUAACAGGAGAGUGAUACUUAAUUCAUGUUUGCAGGGUAUAAUCAUAUUUGGAUCUAAGAUAUGGAAAGUCAUGACUCGGUGAAUGCUGUGCAAGAGAUCUCUUCGUCUUCUGCAGACUCUGAUGUCAAAAAUACCCACAGCUCUGUUUGCAACUUGAAUUGUGACAGGAGCCCCUCAGCCAAUCCCAGUGGAGUUUCUGGUUACUCAGGGAAUACCAGGUCCUCCUUAGUUGCUGCCUCUGUUGAGCUGCUCUCCUCCUACAUGCGGGAUAUCCAGCACAGCGGGAAGGCUGACUCUGAAACUGUGAAGAACUGUGAGGCAAGGUGGCUACAGCUGUUGAGACUGGUAGAGAAACAAUGCCAGGAACAAAUAGCUGCCCAGCAAGAACAGUUCCACCAUCAAAUCCAACUGAUUCAGAAUGAAAUAAGGCAGUUAGUGAAAUUGCAGACCAGCAGUUGGGGCAUUGGCAAGAGCAGGAGUUUGCCUGGGAAGUCCACAGAUGCCUUCUCGUCACUAGAAAGUCAAAUGGGGAUGCAUUCUGAAGUCUCUGAAGGAAAUGGAUGCGUUGCCAAUCAGCUCAGAUCUGAUGAAAUCGAACUGCAUCCCAGUGCCUCUGAUCCGUAUCAGGAAUGUCUUGCAAACGAUGCUUCCAUGAACAGUGGGUACGGCACGCUGUCAGCCUCUGAGCUGAAUGCUGGCACAUCUAAUGAUGUUAUCAAGUGCACAGACUGCAUGGAGAGCACUGCACAAGGACAGGGUGAUGCAGCAGGAUUGCAGAGUAAUGCAGCUGUAGGCAGCAUUCAGCGUACCAGAGAACUUCUAUCCAAACAAACUGGGGACUGCUCGUCAGGAAGGAAUCGUGCUGGGGGUUUUCCUGCUGAAUUGGAACAUACGGUGAAUGAAGAUCAGUGCAGGAAAAAAAACGGUAAAUCUUUAACAUCGUGGGCACAAAAGUUGAAACAAAACCACCCAAAAAGACUGAACACAGAAGAAGUACAAGUGAAUUCUAUGCGAGGAGACGAGCAGGCAAAGAAAUCACUGCUUGAGAAUACAGACUCUACCAAUGCUGCUUUGCCACCUUAUGCUUUUUACCUCAAUCAGCCAUCUGAAAGCCCGAAUUCUGCAGUGUCUGAAGCCUCAGGACUUUCAUACUGGAAACUAGAUGUGAAGGAGAUGUAUCACUCUUUACCAGAGAACUUCAGAAGCGAGUUAGCUGGUGUUUUCUCCACUAAAGUAUCACCAGACCAGUUGUCUUCUGCUGAUGAAAUGAAGCCAUCAUCACUGAAGGAUAUUUACCAUAAAAGACAAAGGGAAAACAACCAGCUGCCAGAGAUGAAUUUUAUGCCGCCUUCUCAGACAAGUCACCCACCAGAGAUCUUGACUUUGGACCCAACCCUGCAUAUGAAACCAGGUCAACAGAAUCCAGGACAUUGUUUUUUCAAUAUUCCUGAAGAGAGUGCUCCUUUUUCUCCAGACUCUAUGGCAGAUCCUGGAUUUUCAAGUCAUUGUGACACUGACUCAUUUUCACAGACAAGCAGUUUGUCUCAGUUCGAUGAUUCUCCAAAACAUCCUGCCAGCAGCAGAGCUGUGCAUGUGGACUUCUGGAAAAAUCAUCCAAUCCAAAAUGAAGACAAGGCCAGCUCUCCCUUUCCUGUGGCAUAUGCUGAUGCUAACAGUGAUGUUUUAGUAAACACUGAGGAGGAAGAAACGCUGACUCUGACUCCAUCCUCUGUUACUCAUUGUGGUGACAGGAGUUUUCCAGACCCCGGUCCUUCAGUGACAUCUGCUGAAGAUCCUGUGAUAAUGUCAAAGAUUAGGCAGAACUUGAGGGAAAAACAUGCUCGACACAUAGCUGAUCUACGAGCUUACUAUGAUGCUGAGAUCCACAGCUUAAAACAGCAGCUAGAGGCAAGCCACAAAACUGCUGCUUCUGAAGACCUGAAGGAAAUCAAUCAAAAUCUUGCAGACAGGUGUGACCAGUUAGAUGCAGCUCUGAAUGAAGCGAGCGCUCGCAUAAAAGCCCUUGAGAAUAAGAAUAGUAUGCUAGAAAAGCAAGUGGCAGAUUGGAGAGAACGCUUUUAUGGAGUUAGUAAUACCUCCAAAGUGCUGCAAGAACGUAUUGAAGAGAUGCGCACCAGCAAUAAAGAGAAGGAUAAUACCAUCAGUAGGCUGAAGUCAAGGCUUAAAGAUCUAGAGGAAGCAUUUGAAAAAGCUUACAAAUUAUCUGAUAAUAAAAAUACGAGGUUAAAAGAAGAAAAUAAAAUGUUUCAAAAUCUUUUAGGAGAAUAUGAUUCCCUUGGAAAAGAACACGAAAGGGUAAAGGAUACAUUAAAUGCAACUGAAAACAGACUGCUUGAUGCAAACACCCAGAUUGCUGAUUUGAAAAGGACAGUUUCAAAACUCGAAGCUCAGCUCAAGCAGGUGGAGCAUGAGAACAUGUUGAAACUUCGUCACGUUACCGAAAGUCGUCUAAGAACCUCUUGUGCCAACAAGUUGGCUGCUCCUGAUGUCAGCAGGCGAAAGUGGUUGAUACCAGGAGCAGAGUAUUCAAUCUUCACUGGCCAGCCUCUGGAAGUCCAAGAGAGCCACAAAGAUAACAGACUAGAAGAAGCCUAUAUUCCUUCCAGGUAUCAUUCUCCUCCUGAAAAAGACUCCUCACAAGAAGACUCUUCACCAAACACAGUUGAAAAGAAGGACAGCGAGAUGUCAGAAGCACCAAUUAUAAAAGCCUUUAAAGAACUUGAAGAAAUGAAAGCUUUUAAAGAUUGGGGUACACAGACAGAAAAAGAUGACACACCAACUAAAACAUCAAGUCGACGUCAAACCGUUGGGUUUGUAGAGACUUCUGUUGUUGCCAACCGAUCCCCAGAGAAAGGCAGAGACCAACAGAGACCCAAACGCUACAGCUCCCCUUGUGGCCAGAGGUCUUCAUCUCUUCCUCCCUCAAAUAGGAAAUCGAAUACUCCAACAAGGCGAGAGAUCAUGUUGGCUCCAGUGUCUGUGACAUACAGCCCCAAACGAUCUCCAAAAGAAAACCUCUCUCCUGGCUUUAGCCAUUUACUUAGCAGAAAUGAAAACACAGUGACAAGGUUUGAUAUACUUCUAGAUGACCUGGAAAGCAGUCCUGCAUCUACUUUACAGCAUAGUAAUCCAAGAAAAAGGCUCCAGUUUCUUUCACUCGAUGAUACAGAAGGAAGGCAAAGCUCAGGUGUCAGACCCAGCUCUUGUGCUGAAUCUGUCAGUACCAGAAUGAAGAAAGCAGCAGCUUGGGACGAGAGGAGCGGGGCACAGAACUGUGAGCCAAUGCUGUCACCUUGUGAGGGGGACUUCCCAUACACACCAAGGACUCAGACUCUGGCUGAAACAGAGAGGCUUUUCGAUGACCUGACUCAAGAAAAGCAACAGAUUGAGGCUGCUUUGAGUCGAAUACCUUGUUCUGGCGGGAGAAUGACCUUGCAAGCAAGAUUAAAUCAGGAAGCCCUGGAAGAUCGCUUGGAAAGGAUCAACAGAGAUCUGGGCUGGAUACGCAUGACCCUGAAAAGAUUCCAUGUUCUGCGUACCUCUGCAAACCUCUGACAAUUCUCUCUUGAAUUCCAAUAUGUUUUUUUUUGUUUGUUUGUUUUUUGCACUAAUAUAUAAUGAUGCACUUGGUAAA